AUGGCAGAGACACUCGCGCCAACUGAUAUGAACAUCAGCAAGCCUUGUGCAGAUGUCUCAGAAGCGCAUAACGGACAAAACAACCAUGCAAGCACCGUGAUGUCCACCAUGUGGUACCUUGAGCGUAGCCCAUUGUACGACACGGAAAAACCCUACAGCAUGCGAUACAAUCCGGACGAUGGGGUUCCUCAAUCCAACUUCCAAAAGAUCCGUUGUCCGGUUAAGGUGAAGAGCAUGCGGGAGCCAGGUGCCGGGCCUUUUCGUCUUGACGAAUGCGGUUUUCAGCUCAUCCAGCUUCACUCCAGCUUGGAACCUGAUGAUUUCUGGGACCAGGAACGAGUCCAGAGCGUAUACAUCCAGGAGGUGAAGGAGGCCUUGAAGAAAGAGCUUGGGGCGAAGUACGUCCAUGUGUUGGACUAUGCCCUUAGAAAACGACACGAGUCCUUCCCCAUCUCCACUGGAGAGGAGUACGAAUAUGACCAGCCUACCGCAUUAGCACAUAUUGACUUUACCAGAGAUGAAGGCGAACGAAUCACCAAGGUACUCUUUGGUGAUCGUGCCGGUGAAGUGCUCAAAGGUCGUUGGCAGGCAGUGAACAUCUGGAAACCAAUCCGAGGGCCCCUUAACGACUGGCCCCUUGGCCUCUGUGAUGGGCGCACGCUUGACUUUGAGAAGGAUACGGUAUCGAGCGAUGUGGUCUUCGACGACUUCGUCACGGAGAACUUGCAGAUAUACCCCAACCCAGCCUCUGAGUGGUAUUACCUGCCGGACCACAACACGUGGGAGGCGCUCAUCUUCAAGAGUGGCGACAGUGAUCCUUCCGCCGCAGUUCCUGGAUGCUGUCACUCGGGGUUCUUCAACCCGAAGUCGGAUAAGAGCGAGCUGAGGCAGAGUCUCGAUUGCCGGUGCUUUGUCUAUUACGCCGACCUGGACGAAUAUCCGCCCAUCGUCGCUGAUGUCACCCAACCCGCAUCUGCAGACUCUCUGAUCGUCUCAGGAGUCCCUUCAAUGUGCAUUGUAGCGGAGAGAGUUACCUAG